CGUUUGAAUCCAAAACUUUCAUUCUUUUGCAUUUCUCUCUCUCACUCUCUCUGUUUAUAGCUUCAUUGCUUGAUUCUUUACUUGCUCAGCAAAACCAUAACCAUGAGGCAAAUCAGUAAUGCAGAAACUGCAGAGGCUCGUUUCUCAACCACCAUUUCCUCUUCAUCUCUCAGAAACCUUCUUCCCAGAUCACUCUCUUCCAAGCACAAACCCACUCCAAACCCUAAAAUCCCAAAUUCAGAUGCAGAGAACACUCCCCCCACCCAUCCCAACAUCCAGAACAACCGUGAACAAUCCUUGUCUUCCUCAGCCAACCAAUCACACUCCAAAACCUCAAUUUCUCAGAAUAACCUCGACCAAUCGAAAUCCCCUCUCAAAUCCGACCCAUCAGUCAAGGUUGUGGUGCGAAUCAGACCUACCAAUAACAAUGGAAUAGAGGUAGAUCGAACCGUUAAGAAGGUUUCUUCGAAUACCUUGUGGGUUGGGGAUAGGCAAUUUACCUUUGAUUCAGUCUUUGAUUCGAACACCAAUCAGGAAGAUAUUUUUCAGUCAGUUGGUGUCCCUUUGGUUAAAAAUGCUUUAGCUGGUUACAACACUUCAAUUCUGUCAUAUGGCCAGUCUGGAAGUGGAAAGACUUAUACCAUGUGGGGUCCCCCAAGUGCCAUGUUUGAGGAGCUCUCGCCCCAAAGUCACAAGGGAAUUGUUCCUAGGAUCUUUCAAAUGUUGUUUUCUGAGCUUGACAAAGAGCAGCAUGUGUCUGAGGGGAAACUAUUUAACUACCAAUGUCGAUGUUCUUUCCUUGAGAUAUACAAUGAACAAAUUGGGGAUUUACUUGAUCCAACCCAGCGGAACCUUGAGAUUAAAGAUGAUUCAAAAAAUGCAUUCUAUUUAGAUAAUCUGACUGAGGAAUAUGUCACUAGCUAUGAUGACGUGACACAAUUUCUGAUUAAGGGCCUUUCAAGCAGAAAAGUUGGAGCAACAAGCUUAAAUUCUAAGAGCUCUAGAUCACAUAUCAUUUUCACUUUUGUGAUUGAAUCUUGGUGCAAGGGAAUAUCAUCAACCGGUUUCAGUAGUUCAAAAUCUAGCAGAAUUAGCCUUAUCGAUCUUGCUGGACCGGACAGGAACAAAGUUGAGGAUGCAGGCAAGCAAUGUCUGAAAGAAAGCAAAAAUGUAAAGAAGUCCUUAUCUCGGUUAGGGCACGUAGUAGAUGCCCUGACUAAAGAAACUCACUCGGGAAAAGCAGAAGAAAUUUUAAACAGGAAUUCCUGUUUAACCCGUUUACUACAAGAAUCACUUGGUGGAAAUGCCAAACUCUCCGUAAUCUGUUCCAUCUCCCCUGAUAACAGGAAUAAUGGUGAAACACUGCGCACACUCAGGUUUGGACAGCGAAUAAGAAACAUUAAAAAUGAACCUGUUAUCAAUGAAAUAAAGGAGGAUGAUGUUAACGAUUUAAGUGAUCAAAUCCGGCAACUGAAGGAAGAACUCAUUAGAGCAAAGGCUGAGGUUCAUAGCUCAGGUGGGAGUAAAAAUGGAUACUCUCAAGUACGUAAUGUACGGGACAGCCUUAAUCAGUUGCGAGUCAGCUUAAACCGCUCUCUACUCCUGCCUCGCAUUGAUAAUGACAAUGAUGAAGAGGUAAAUGUGGAUGAGGAAGACAUAAGGCAAUUACGCCUGCAGAUUGAUGAACUGUAUCAUUCGUGUGAUGGGAAUCCUACAAACGUAUCUGUCAGUGAAGAUUGUGACCAGUAUUAUUCAGUUGCAGAAAAUUGUGAUACAGAUAUGACUAGUGGUGAUGAAAUAGAAAAGGAGGAAGUAUGUUUUGGAGAAACACUCAGUAAGCUUUGUCCUGAGGAAAGUGAGGGGUCAACAGCCUCCUUGUAUACAUCAGUAGAUGAAUUUGCAUGCACAGGUAAUGCCUCAAGGACAAUUAAAUCUUCAUUCAGAGAUAGCAUUUCAGUUAGUUCAUGUAGUCGAUCUCCAAUACUUGAGGAACCACAGUUGUCCGAGUCCCCCAAAAUCAGGAAUGUCCAGAGGAAAAGUGUGGCUUAUUCACCAAGUUGUCUUGGAAGUUGGAACAAUGUGGUAGAGGAAACUUUGAGAUCCAGUAAAGAUAUAUUAGGACAAUCAAUUAAAGAGGGAGAGCAGCUGCGAUCAUCACUACGGUCAAGCAAGGUUUUUCCAGGUCCUACUGAAUCCUUGGAGGCAAGCCUUCAGAGGGGAUUGCAGAUAAUUGAUUAUCACCAGAGAAACUCAGCAUUAAACAAAUCUUCAUCUUCAUUCUCUUUUGGGAACUUAACCUUGACACCUUGUCCAGAAAUAGACAAGGGUGAUUCUUGCGAUCAAAUAAUGCAACAGAAGAAAUAUUGUGUCGAUGAAAGAACUGCAACUUUGCUUUGUGAAGCUUGCCGUAAAAGAGUAUAUGAUCAGGAUUCUAGUGAGGUUCGAGAUAGCUUAAAGUCAUGCAUUCAAACAGCUGAAGCAGGAAAUUCGGACGGACUGACAGAUAAGGCUCAAAAAGAUUUACAGAGUAUAAUGGAAAAGGCAAUCAUGAGAGAAAAGGAGCUAGAGAAUGUUUGCAAGGAGCAAGCUUCUAGAAUUGAAGAACUAAAUCAAUUGGUGGAGAAAUUGAAAGGAGAAAAAGAACUAAAAUCCUCCAUCAUUGUGUGUGAUCAAGAAAGCAACAAACAGACCAGACAUGUAGAAGAGUAUAACUCAUUGAAAGAUGAAGACAAGCUUCUAAUAAAGGGUACUUCCUCAGUCAGACAUUUACCAGAUCUUAUAGAGGAAAAGUGUGAAAUUAAAGAAGUUCGGGAAGAAGUAACUCAAAGAGACAGCUCUUUUGAUGCAGUCGAGAAGGAAGAUCUCCUCAAAGAAAUUCAGAAUCUAAGAAGCAAGCUGCUAGUACACAGCGAUGCACCAGUUAAGAAGUCCACUGACAAGCUAAGGUCUUCCUUAUCAUUAAUGUCAAGAUCCAUUCAACUGCGUAAAAGCAGUCUAUUUUCUCGUGAUAAUGGUGGAGAUGAGCUAGAGAAAGAGAGACAGAGAUGGACAGAAAUGGAAAGUGAGUGGAUUUGUCUUACUGAUGAACUAAGAGUUGAUCUUGAGUCCAACCGCCAGCGGGCAGAGAGGUUGGAGAUGGAACUGAGUCUAGAGAAGAAGUGCACAGAAGAGUUAGAUGAUGCACUAAAAAGAGCGGUUCUUGGACAUGCUAGAAUGGUGGAGCACUAUGCUGACCUCCAAGACAAAUAUAAUGAUUUGGUUGCUAAGCACAAUGCUAUAAUGGAAGGCAUAGCAGAGGUGAAGAAGGCAGCGGCAAAGGCUGGAAAAAAGGGUCAUGCUCGUUUCGCCAAAGCUCUUGCUGCCGAACUUUCUGCACUAAGGGUGGAGAGAGAAAGGGAAGCAAAAUUCUUGAAAAAGGAGAACAUGAAUCUCAAGAUUCAACUUAGAGAAACUGCAGAAGCUGUUCAUGCUGCUGGAGAACUACUUGUUAGAUUAAGAGAAGCUGAGCAUGCAGCGUCCAUUGCAGAGGAGAAUUUCACAAAAGUGCAACACGAUAAUGAAAAGCUAAAAAAGCAAAUGGACAAGAUCAAAAGAAAGCACAAGAUGGAGAUGAUUACCAUGAAGCAGUACCUUGCAGAGAGCAAAUUACCCGAGUCGGCACUGCAGCCACUAUAUAGAGAGGAUUCUGAUGUGGUUCACAAGGAUUCAACUUCCCAUCCAGAUGACGAUCAAGCAUGGAGAGUAGAGUUUGGAGCAAUCUAUCAGCAACAUUAUUAAUUCGUCAGUGGUUGGAUUGAUUAACAGAUUAUGUAGCACCAGAUCCUUCUUGGAUCAAUAAGUAUUCAUACACCCAUUUAUAUUCUUUGUAUUGUUUUAAAAAAUUCAUUGUAUUUUUUAUGCUGUGUGGAUCAUGUUUGUGGCACUCCAAUUCUUAGUUUGUACUGAUAGUAGGCAACAGUAAUAACAUUGAAUUAUUUGUUCUUUACCGCUUGAA